AUGGGAAUGCCCGGAUCAGAAACAGCUCUUGAAGAACUGAUGUGCCGUGUACUCGGAGAUUUCGUUCAAGAAGGGUUUGUCGCAAAACUUGCCGAUGACCUUUAUUGUGGCGCUAACUCUGUCGAUGAUCUAUUGAUCAAGUGGGAGCGUGUUUUAGACGCCUUGUCUCGAUGUGGGUUGCGUCUAGCACCAUCCAAGACUGUAAUCUGUCCGAAGUCCACUACAAUUCUUGGAUGGAUUUGGUCUGCUGGCCAGUUAUCUGCAAGUCCUCACCGUAUUGCCCCGUUGUCUUUGUGUACACCUCCAGAUACUGUGAAAGGGUUGCGUUCGUUCAUCGGUGCGUACAAGGUUCUCGGGCGUGUGUUGCCAAACUGUUCACGAUAUGUUAGCCCACUAGACGACCUAGCCGCUGGUAAACAGUCGCAUGACAAGGUGGGGUGGACGGACUCCUUUUUAAAAUCAUUCAAAGAUGCACAGGCAGCAUUGCAUAAUCAUAAGUCGAUUGUCAUACCGAGACCCACAGAUCAUUUGUGGAUAGUUACCGAUGGUUCCGUGUCUCAGCGUGGUAUAGGAGCAACCCUGUAUGUGAUGAGAAAUGACAAGUUGCACUUGGCAGGCUUUUUCAGUGCCAAGCUGCGGAAACAUCAAGUCACUUGGCUUCCGUGUGAAAUCGAAGCUCUGAGCAUCGCGUCCGCUGUUAAACACUUUGGCCCUUACAUAAUACAGUCUACUGUGUCGGCUUGUGUACUUACUGACAGUCAGCCUUGCGUACAGGCUGUAGAGAAGCUAUGUCGCGGUGAGUUUUCCGCUAGUCCGAGAGUGACGUCAUUUUUGUCAACUGUGAGUCGUUUCCAGAUAAGCGUCAGACAUCUUGCUGGCUCUGCCAAUGUGCCGUCAGACUUUGCAAGUAGGAAUGCCCCCGAGUGUUCUGUGCCAACCUGUCAAAUCUGUACAUUUAUCUGUAAUACUGAAGACUCUGUGGUUCGUAACGUCUGCAUUGACAGUAUUGUGAAUGGAACAUCGCGUUUGCCGUUUGCUACAAGAUCCUCGUGGCUUCAAAUUCAAUCCGAGUGUCCAGAUCUGCGACGUACACACGCGCAUCUCAAACAAGGUACUCGUCCCUCUAAAAAACUAACAAAGAUCAAAGAUGUUAAACGUUACCUUCAAGUCGCAUCAAUCGCCAGAGAUAAUUUACUGGUGGUAAAACGCAGUGACCCUUUAUUGCCACCAUCUGAGUUGAUAGUUGUUCCUCGUGCCGUUUUAGACGGAUUGGUCAGCGCUCUACACAUUAAGUUAGACCAUCCAUCUAAGCACCAGCUUGAACUUGUGAUGAAGCGUCACUUUUACGCGUUGGACUUGAGUAGCUCUAUUGAAACUGUAACUCGGCAGUGCCACUUGUGUGCUUCAUUUCAGUCAUUACCAGAAUCCGCUAUAAAGCAUACAAGCGAAGACCCUCCAGAAGUUGUUGGCAUGUCGUUCGCCGCAGAUGUACUGAAACGUAAUCAACAAACUAUUCUAGUCGUGCGUGAGAGUGUUACCUCUUAUACUAAAGCCUGUCUUAUUCCUGACGAAAAAAGGGACACUUUAAGAGAUGCUUUAGUGUGUUUGUGUACUGAGCUCCAUCCAUUAGACGGUCCCCCUGCAGUUAUUCGUGUAGAUCCCGCCCCGGGUUUUGCAUCUUUGCAAAGCGACGAAGCCUUGAAACGUCUCAACAUCGUGUUGGAGAUCGGCCGUGUUAAGAACAUAAACAAGAAUCCUGUGGCUGAAAAGGCUAUACAAGAGCUAGAAAAUGAGUUGUUGCGGUAUGAACCAGGUGGAGGCCCCGUUACUUGCAUGGGCCUUGCUAUUGUAGUCGCAAGGUUGAAUUCACGUCUACGCCAUACGGGCCUGUCUUCCCGUGAAUUGUGGACCCAACGCUCUCAGUUCACUCAUGUUCAACUCCCUGUGUCUGACCGUGAUGUGAUCCUCCAGCGGCAUGAUUCACGUAUGAAAAAUCACCCCCACAGUGAAAAAUCUAAGUCCAAGGCUAGUGUUCCGGUACGUGUUGGUGAUGUAAGUGUCGGUGAUUUAGUGUAUCUUAUCUCAGAUAAAAGCAAAUUGAAAGCUCGCAAUAGGUAUCUAGUUGUGUCGUGCGAUGAAGAGUGGUGCUUUGUUAAAAAGUUCUCGGGAAAUCAGUUACGGGCUUCAUCCUAUAAAGUUAAACGAAGCGAGUGUUACCGUGUUCCGUAUGAUAAAAUGUGUUGCGAAAGGCCUUUAGUGUACUCCGACCCAGACCAUGAGUCUGAUGACGAAUGUGUUCAUUCACCAACUGAUAGUGGUCCCCCAGCACCUUCAAGCAUUCCUGCAACAUUGACUACGCCAGAAAGUGUAGAACCAGUUCCAAUUAUUGGGUAUGAGCCGGAUAUGACGUCAUCAUUUUGUGAACCCCCCCAAGUACACGUGUCUCCAGAAACAAGUUCUAUGAGUAUGACCUCGCCCGGUUACACUGAGCCAGCGCAAAGACCUCAACGCUCACGACAGCCUCCAAAAUAUCUUGAUGAUUAUGUAUUAGAAUGA